CAUGUUACACCGGCCACAGUCAACAAUCUGUGAGCAACAAACAUGAAGACUUUAGUAGUACUCGCCAUCUGCUUCGUGGCCGCUCAGGCGCUGUCGGACGAGCAGAAGGAGAAGCUGAAGAAGCACAAGUCGGAGUGCCUCGCUGAGACCAAGGCUGAUGAGCAGCUCGUCAACAAACUCAAGACUGGAGAUUUUAAGACAGAGAACGAGCCCCUGAAGAAGUACGCGCUAUGCAUGAUGACCAAGUCCGAGCUGAUGACCAAGGACGGCAAGUUCAAGAAGGAUGUGGCCCUCGCGAAAGUGCCCAACGCGGCUGACAAGCCCGCGGUAGAGAAGCUGAUAGACACCUGCCUGGCCAACAAGGGCACCACGCCGCAGCAAACAGCUUGGAACUACGCCAAAUGCUACCACGAGAAGGACGCCAAGCACUCAGUGUUCCAGUAAACUCGAACAUAACUCCACCCUAACUGCCGUUACGAAUUUAUUAUUCUGAUAAAUUAAAAUUUUGCAACAA